AUGAUUGACGACAUAGCUAAGAUUAUUCCUCAGUUAACACAUGGUCUUCAUAAAGGUCAAAUGGGAAGAAUUGCUGUAGUAGGAGGAUCAAAAGAAUAUACUGGAGCACCAUACUUUUCCGCUAUUAGUGCUUUGCAUUGUGGUGCUGAUUUAGUUCAUGUAGUAUGUUCUGCUUCUUCCUCUCCUGUUAUCAAGUCAUAUAGUCCCGAAUUGAUCGUUCAUCCUGUUCUGGAUGGAGUUCUAGCAGAAGCGACCAAAUGUAUGGACAGAGUUCAUGCAAUUACAUUUGGACCUGGUCUGGGACUAACAGAAAAUGUUGAAAAUACUACAAAACUGAUAGAUUAUUGCAAGCAUUCUAACAAGCCUAUUGUCAUUGAUGCUGAUGCUUUGCACAUCGUUACUCAAAAUCCAUCACUCAUAGAAGGUUAUGAUAAAACUAUUCUUACUCCAAACACUGUUGAGUUUUCAAGAUUAUAUUACUCUGUGUUUUCGUCUCAACCAUAUGAUACCAAAGAUGCGACAAGAUCUCUUGCUGAAAAACUUGGUGUCACCAUUGUCCAUAAAGGUCCUACAGAUAUUAUAUCAAAUGGUCAAACAACUGUAGAGUGUGUGGAUCAAGGAUCACCCCGCAGAUGCGGUGGACAGGGCGAUGUUCUAUCUGGUACAAUGUCAGUCUUCAACUACUGGUUUCACCAAGUUAAGGAUAACAAUCCGAAUCUACUGUUUACAGCUACUAUUGGAGCUGCAUUUGCAGCUUGUUCUCUUACACGAAGAUGUUCACAAUUGGCAUACGCUAAAUACGGUCGUUCUAUGAUAACUACGCAAAUGUUGCCAGAAAUACAUAAUGCAUUCGAACAACUAUUCGCUAAAACACCAAUCGCAUGAAGCAAAAUACCACGCUUUUUUGUAUUCUUAACAAACCUGACUGAGUUGUUUUCAUCAAAUACGUAUUAAAUUUGUACUGAAAUUGACUAACAAGUCCCACAUCAAUUCUGUUUAGUCUUGUAAAGUAUGUAACUUCUUGCAUCUUUGAUACUGUCUUCCACAAAUUAUUGCCAGUAAGUAGGACUUAUGCAUAAAUUCUAGUUCAAAUGUGACACUAUUCAACAAACGUCGUUAGAAUUGAGUCGAUUCGCUUUAAUAAUUACAGGCCAUCUUGUCCGACUGGUUCCCGAGACUUUUAUAACCAUCCUCAAUCACAUUUCCGGUCGACUACCAUUCUGCCAAAAUAUUGUAUUUACCUUCAAGAAGUAUGCAGAUUUGUUUUCGAAAUUUUAUUAUAAAGUAAAUGGGUUGUAAAUACCACAAUAACUUAAGAAGCUCCUAAUGAUAAGAAAUUAAGGCUUCGGUUAACGAGUUUGGUUUUAUUACUUGAAGUCAUUUCAAAUAGUCCGAUAACAUUGUACGGAAUUAAAGCUUAUAUUUACUGAAAAAUGUAUGUACUGACCGAAGUCACUAGCAUUUCAGCGUUCGAAAGGAAGAAUAAUGACGUGAUAGUUAUGUGUUUGAUUACACAAUUUCAUUUCAGUAAUCGUAAACCAACAGAGCUACUAGGUAUAUUUAUGUUCAUUAGACAUUUGUUACACUUGCACUGUUUCCUGUGCACUACUAACAAUUAUCGAGUCAGCAAAAUGAUCACUGGACGGCGUUGUAGUUGAGCAUGAGUUAUGAGUAAAUGGGAAUUUGGCGAAAUGAAUUAUUAGGUUAAAUAAUAGUGUUAGAUCACAUGACUGAGGAAAUUAGGUAUCAGUUUAAUUUACAGUUUUAAGAUAGAUUCGAAAAAGAGACAGAGACGCUAUAAAUGGAAUGUUUAUUCCAACUGAAAUGCUGGUAGCAUUAAAAGAACACGUUAUAACCACCGACUGUGGUUAGACCAAUGGACUCAGCCAGUUGAUUGCACGGCUGACGGUUUCUUGUACAUAAGUCUCAGUUAUUUAUCAAAAUUUCAAUACAACAUAUCUAGCUUGGUUAACAACCAAAAAGAAAUAACUACGAAGAGGGACGAAACCUAUUGGGAUAAGUAGAAACGUCUUAGAGCUUUAUCGAUUUUAGGUAGAAUCCAGCCCCUAAUAUUGGCAUUGAGUUUGUCAGUGGUUUACUACACAUGAUACAGAUAUAACAGUGUACAUACUUCUCAAGUUAUGACGGUGAACUGAGAUUUACAUUUAAACACUGUACGUCGAUAUUUAGUUAAUAUAUAAAGCACUUAUAUCUGGGUUGAGAGCAAAAAUGUGAUUAAUCUAAUGAUAAUGGCAGGAGAAUUGGCUAACGAUUUUAAUGAAUUAACUGUUUAGCCCUAAGAUAGAUUUACUGCCAAAGUCAUAAAGAACAAAACCGAAUUAAAAUAGAUUUAUUAGGCUCACCACAUGUUGCACUACAGAAUAGGGGAUGGCUUUAGUGAGUUAUUUGAGUAUUUCAAGCUACCCAUUUGAACAAGAGUAAGGAAAAAACUUUAGAAGUAAUAUUUGAGUUUCAAAAAUAUUUACAGAUAUCUGAAGUAGAUAAAAUACAAUAAAUAAUCUACAAAAUAAAAAGUUUUAAUACGGCAUAAAUAAAUUACAAAGCACUUAGACGAGGGAUUUUAUUUGGAGGACACUCAACGUCAUCUUUCCCCGUCUGAGAAGAAAUGUACUCUUCCCUUUUGCUAUCAAGACUUAAAUCAUAAAACAUAUGCCGACCUCCAUUAAUGACCCACGACCGAUUACGGCUGGAGGUACAAACGUAAGUAAUUCGGGAUUCAGUACUUCGAGAAUGAGGGACGAACUGAGUAAAACUAUCCUUCUUGUAAAUAGGCAAGUUUCUCAAACUUUCAGCCAUUUCCAAAACAUCAUAUAUCUUGAACCUUGAAAAGUGAAAAAAAUGGCAGAUAGAUCAAUAUACAAAUCCUCACUGUGAAACAGGCUAAAUAAGAAUCUAGCCCAAUUCAUCAGUUCUAUAAAAAUCAACCCAGGUUUUAUUUGGGUCUUAUCAAACCUUUAGGUAAUCUAACUACUGAACCAAUAUAAUCAUUUACAAUACAUACAAACCAUCUGCGUCAAAUGUGAAACCAUUUAUAAGUACUCAAAUGAGAAUAGCUCAUUGUAAAAAGUCCACACAGAUACAACGAAAAUGAAGUCCGGAUUCAGGAAUAAGAUUUAUUCGGUUGGUUAAGAACUGAGUUUGUGAUAACUGCAGUGUUAAAAAUUCACGGAGUUAUGGUUGUGAUACAUGGCAUCUUUCACAACUCCUAACUUGAUGUCUGCUGUUUCAGAGUAAAACUGCCUUUACUAGAAUAAUUGAAGGUCAAAUGAGUGAUAACCUUUAGCUCGUAAGUCUGCAGGCAAUAAACUUCGGUGUGUGCUUUUGCCAAUACUUAUUUUAUAACCUAUAGUACAAAAAGAAACAUUAUACCUGUAAUUUUCAUUAAGCAACAUAUUUCAUAGGUUUUAUGACAAUUACACUAAGAAUUGAUAUCAAUUCAUAUUACAGGAGUAAUCCCAUCUCAAAUAAUUUGAGAAAUAUUUAGUUACAACCUUUAAGGAGUGUAUGCUUAUUGCAACAUACCAACUUCCUUAGAUGGUCAAUAGCAAGAUGUUAACCCUAAGUCUCCGCAGAAACGAACGAUCUUAUUGAAAGCAGGUAUAAGAUAUAAAUGUAAAGAAAGUAUUUACGGCAGAGCAAUCAAACCAUUAAAGUUGACUACAAAUAGGAUGCUUAACACAAGGACAUUAGCAAUUUUUAUAAAAACAGCAGUAAAAUUUGUUAACAAACUAAGAGAAAAGGUUAGUACAAUCCAAUGGGGUUAUGAAGCUUCCACCAAGUUGAUAACGCUUUAGUAACUCAUCCAAGUGACCUACACACAUCAACGAAAAUUAUAAGCAGACUAACAAGAAGUCUACAUGGAGCAAUGAUAGGAAACCAAAAUAAGUGACAAAGAAAGGUAAUGACAAUCGGCGACCCUACACAACUAUGUGGAAGCUUCAUUUAUUUAAACACAUAAUCAUUAGUACAAGGAGGGACUAAAUAGAUAUGCUAUAAAUAAAUCUCCCGAUUUGUGUGACAGCUGGGAUACUGUCCGGAUGCCCACAGAGGCGAUCUUCCUAGGGAGUCACACCCGAUGUAGAAGCAUUAGAAACUUUAAUUAAAGUUAUCUAUCAGUAGAACUAUGUUUGAAAAACAUGUUUUCAAACCAAACUACCGGAAAGACAGGAUGUUUUGAGGGACAGGUACUUUCCAGCUACCCAUUUUCAUCAAGGGCUGUGGUGAGGUUGAUAUUAGACUCUCAACAGUGAGACCUAACCUUGGUGGAUUAGUUACAAACUCCUUUAUGGAUGGACGUUUAGUGCCAACAGUUACAUUGAUUGAGGUACUGUACUAGUAACCUGGUAGCUGUAGGUAAUUCUAUCAGGUUAGUCGCGAACACUCAGUCAACCAAACUCAACGUACAACUUGGCACAUGUGUGUGGCUUUGAGUUACCACACGUCAGGACGAGGUGCCAGAGUAGUACUAGUAGCAGUGUCAAUGUUAUUAGAAAAGACAGAUAUGACUCGAGAAGACCUAGACUCGUGAAAUAACUUUUUCAAGAGUACUGAUUGUUUACAGGAACGACAAAAGUCCUCUUAUGAAAGCUACAGAGAAAUUAAUCUUAUCAAUAUUGUAUUCGAAACCUUAGCUUCGGAAACAGCCUAAUGCUAAACUGGAGGCUGUGGACAGUGACCCACGGUAAAACUAAACUGGUUUUAGACAUGAGUGAGCUGACUAAAUAUCCACUCCAAGUCAAGUUUAUGGGUGUAAGCAAACCGACGCUCUUAACAUUAAAACUUCAUUUGCCUUUUCUGAUCAACAUGAUUUAUGGUAGUCGCUGUCAUUUAAAGGCAUAAAAAGUAUAUCAACGUUUCGAAUUCUACUGAUCAAGAGCAUAUGGCAACCUGUCAUCUGAAUUGGCCAUCCCAAUUGACGGUCGAUAGGGCUCUCCACUUUCUUUACCUGACAUUUUAGGGAUCAAUCUAGCAAAAUAUUUGCAAAAUCCAAAUCUGUUUAGUGGAGAUGCUGACAUGACGUAGCCUCUUAAACAUCAUUGAUAAUAAGUAGAGAUGGGUUUAAGACUUAGGACUGGUUUAUACAACUACCCAGCUGGAUAACCGAGUUUUAGGGAAAACAGGAAUACUGACUUCCUACUUGUUGAUUUUCUUUAACUUUCUCCUUCAUUUGUCUUUUUCGAUCACAAAGUUUUUAGGGAGGAACCGAACUUACAAGCAGUACCUCAAAAAAUUACAAUGAUGUCUAAUAUGUUAAACUACAACAUACAUGUGCAGAUUCCAUUCACUUUGGCCAGCAAAAGCAUUUGGUGGCAGGUAGAAACUGAAAGGCGGAAAUAAAAAACAUUAUAACUUUAAGUGUUCCAUGGUAGGUGAAAUCUGCUUAUACAUUAGACAGAUAUCUAGUUAGUAGUAAAAAUAAUUUUGUGAAAACAAAAUGAAGAAACAGUGAAAAUAGCAUUAGCUUCACCGCCAUGUGGAUCAGACCUUUAGAUCGAGGGCUCCGGAUGUGGCCCCGUUAAAAACCACCUGUUUCGGUUUAGGCACACGGGGCGUAUCACAGCCCUCACACAUACCAAAUGAGAUUUGUGUGGCGCAUUUGUACUUGGUGACUUUUUGUACCAAUAUCUAUGUUUUAAAAUAAAACAAUUAAAUGAGUGAUAGCUGGAUUAGAGAACAAUAGUAAAGAUUCGCCGACACGUUAAGCGCGCACAACCCACUUACACUAAUUAAUGAAAGCAAUCAAUAACAGUCGGAAAUAGCACAGGCCUCAAACUAAUACAAUUUCAAAGUUGGAACUAAAACCGGAUAGUUAAACCGGCUAAGAAGUGUAAUGGGCAGCUCGAUCAGUCGGCGGGAUUGCUGUUGUAGUAAAUCCCCGAACGAGAUCCGUACAAACUUCCAGUUCUAUUAGCUUUCAACUAAUUGCAGCUGCCGAAAAUAAACGUAUUGAUCCAAAGGACAAUCUACCAAUAAUCCCGAAAAUAUGGUCACUUCCAUCCUACCUUGUUGCAAUUGAUUGC